AUGCGAUGCAACAAGAGGACCGUCGCUCCAAACUCCUCUCAGACCGUAGCUCCCAACUCCUCUCAGACCGUAGCUCCAAACUCCUCUCAGACCGUAGCUCCCAACUCCUCUCAGACCGUAGCUCUCAACUCCUCUCAGACCGUAGCUCCCAACUCCUCUCAGACCGUAGCUCCCAACUCCUCUCAGACCGUAGCUCCAAACUCCUCUCAGACUGUAGCUCCCAACUCCACCCAGACCGUAGCUCCCAACUCCACCCAGACCGUAGCUCCCAACUCCUCUCAGACCGUAGCUCCCAACUCCUCUCAGACUGUAGCUCCCAACUCCUCUCAGACCGUAGCUCCCAACUCCUCUCAGACCGUAGCUCCCACCUCCUCUCAGACCGUAGCUCCCAACUCCUCUCAGACCGUAGCUCCCAACUCCACCCAGACCGUAGCUCCAAACUCCACCCAGACCGUAGCUCCAAACUCCUCUCAGACCGUAGCUCCCAACUCCACCCAGACCGUAGCUCCAAACUCCUCUCAGACCGUAGCUCCAAACUCCUCUCAGACCGUAGCUCCAAACUCCUCUCAGACCGUAGCUCCCAACUCCUCUCAGACCGUAGCUCCCAACUCCACCCAGACCGUAGCUCCAAACUCCUCUCAGACCGUAGCUCCAAACUCCUCUCAGACCGUAGCUCCCAACUCCUCUCAGACCGUAGCUCCAAACUCCUCUCAGACCGUAGCUCCCAACUCCUCUCAGACCGUAGCUCCCAACUCCUCUCAGACCGUAGCUCCCAACUCCUCUCAGACCGUAGCUCCAAACUCCACCCAGACCGUAGCUCCCAACUCCACCCAGACCGUAGCUCCCAACUCCACCCAGACCGUAGCUCCCAACUCCUCUCAGACCGUAGCUCCCAACUCCUCUCAGACCGCUAGUGUUUAUCCAGAGCAGUUUCUUUGUGAAGCCAUUGUAGGUACUAAAUGA